CAGGGGAGGGGGACACGGCCCCCACGCGGGACCCCAGCACCCAAUGGACUCGUCCCCCCCACCCCGGGGUGGGUGUGAAGUCCCCGGCUGGGCGUGCGGGGACGGUGACGCUUUAGGGGACGGUGGAACCCUGCGGUGAGCUCGGGGAGAAGCUGGAGCUGGUUUUGGGGAGCGGCCAAAGGAGCAGGGCUGGGUGCUGCUCCUGGGGUCCCACUCUUGGCGUCCUGGUCCUGGGGUGCUGUUUCUGGGGUGAUGGUCCUGGUCCUGGGGUACCAAUCCUGGGGUCACAGUCAUCAUCCUGGGGUCCCAGUCCUGGGGUGAUGGUCCUGGUCCUGGGGUUCCAGUCCUGGGGUCCCGGUCCUGGGGUCCCGGUCCUGGGGUGCUGAUCCUGGGGUCCCGGUCCUGGGUCCCAGUCCUGGGGUGAUGGUCCUGGUCCUGGGGUCCCACUCCUGGGGUGCUGGUCCUGGGGUCCCAGUCCUGGGGUCCCACUCCUGGGGUGAUGGUGCUGGUCCUGGGGUCCCACUCCUGGGGUGAUGGUCCUGGUCCUGGGGUCCCAUUCCUGGGGUCCUGGUCCUGGGGUGCUGGUCCUGGGGUCCCAGACCUGGGGUGCCAGUGCUGGGGUGCUGGUUCUGGGGCGAUGGUCCUGGUGCUGGGGUACCAAUCCUGGGGGCCCAGUCUUGGGGUCCCGAUGCUGGUCCUGGGGUUCUGGUCCUGGGGUGCCGCUGGGCUGGGGCCGGGUGAUUCCCUCCUUGAUUGCAUCAGGCCGGAGCCGGGAGUGUGAAAGAGGCUCGAAUGGAGCGCGAGGGGCUGGCGAGGCAGGAGCUGUGGCUGGAGCCGGGGGGGGGGUCCCGCGCUGCCCCCAUCCAUGGGAGCCUCCUGGGGGCCCCAGGUCCAUCACCAGGUCCUUCUACCGGAGCGCGGCGGGGGUGCUGCUGGUGUUCGACCUCACCAACCGCGCGUCCUUCGAGCGCGUCCCCGAGUGGCACCGCGAAGCCGCCGGGGACCGUCCCCCCGCCUUCGUCCUGGUGGGACACAAGUGUGACCUGGUGGCCCAGCGAGCCGUGUCGGCGGAGGAGGCCGGGCACCUCGCCGCCAGCCUGGGCAUGGUGGCCUUCGUGGAGACCUCGGCCCGCGGCAACCUCAACGUGGAGCUGGCCUUCCAGACGCUGGCGGGGGGCAUCCAGCAGGCGCUGGGCCGGGGGGGGGUCACCCCUCACCGGGGCUGCGGUGGCAUCAGGCUCAUCCCCAGCCGCAGCCGCCCCCGGCCCCCAGCGCGGGGGGAGCCGCGGCAGCGCUGCCAGUGCUGAUGGGGACGGGGCGGGGGGACACACAGGACCCUCCACCCCUGCCCUUUCGCAGGGGUGGAGAGAUUUGUGUGUGUCCCCCUGCCCUUGGGUGAUGCACGGGGCUUCGUGUGUGCCCCCCCCCAGCCCUUGGGUGAUGUGCGGGGCUUUGUGUCCCUCCCCCAGGUUUAUUUCCAGCUUUGAUUUGGGGGCUCUGAAAAAAUACUAAAAUACUGCUCCCCCGCAGGAGUGUUUUUAAUAAACUUGAGGCUUUUCCACAUUAAAUAAAGGCUGCGGCGAGCGCCGGACCCCUCGCAGGGCCACGCCACCGUGCUCAGCUCAACUCAUGA